GCAGAGGCGGUCCUGUUUUCAUUGCGCCACUGUCAUCAAACUCUCGUUACUGUAAACCCCGGAAUAGUCUCAAGCAAUUGGCAAGUCGAAUUGCUGCUGCGGAAUCUUGACAUCUCGGAUACACACGCCAAUGGCAAGGUUGCCGGUAGCGCAGGUCGCUUUGGUCAUCAUGUUGUCGUUCAUGUUCUUUCUCAACGCGUGGCUGCUUCUAACAGACACUGUAGCUUUGCAUGAUGGCAACUUGGAAUGUGAGGACAGGCAGAAAAUUUUGUUGAGUACCGUCACGUUGUUGCAAGAUGAAAUUGACAGAUUGAAGGCUAUGAACGGGAUUGACAGAGUCGGGCGAAUGCGUAGGGAGGUUGGUGCUGAGAGAGAUGCAAUCGCAUGUAAUGACUCGGGUUUGUGUGCUUGGGACGUUGGAGUAAAUAGGACGAGAGCAAGAAUAUUGGGUAUUCAACGGAAGCAGAAAGCAUUUUUGGUCGUUGGUGUGCCAACUGUUCAACGGACAGGCAAAGGCCGCCAGUACUUGUCUACAACAUUGGACAGUCUGCUGGCUCAGAUGUCUAAUGCAGACAGAAAGGAUGUUGUCAUUGUUGUCUUUGCUGCUGAUUUUGACACAAAGAGACGUGAAGAAGUCACAACGUUGAUUCAAAAUUCAUACACUUUGCAUGUCCAGAACGGUCUCAUUCAAGUCAUUCAAGCACCAAAGUCGUUCUAUCGUCCACUCAGCGGUCUGAAGAGAAACUUUGGAGAUUCAGAGUCAAGAGUGAAGUGGCGCUCUAAACAAUGUCUUGACUACGCAUUCUUACUCAGUUACUGCACUGGUCUCGGUCAUUAUUAUCUUCAGCUCGAAGAUGACGUCAUGUCAUCUGCUGCGUUUCUAAGUGCAAUAAAAGACUUUGUGGCUGAGCAAAACAAGCCAUGGGUUACUCUAGACUUCUCUCGUUUGGGAUUUAUUGGAAAACUUUACCAUGACCACGACCUACAGAGAUUGGCUGCGUUUAUUAAGUUUUUGUAUGAUGAACAACCAGUGGACUUUCUCUAUCGAUACUUCAAUGCCAUACUUGCACAAAAGAAGCCCAUUGCACGAACUCCUUCUCUUUUCCAGCACAUGGGUUUGGAGUCGAGUUUGCUGGGAAAAGUACAACAAACAAAGGAUCUCAACUUUGUGGAUAAUUCGAGAGACUUCCACGACAGUGACAACCCUCCAGCUGUAGUUUCCACAACGUUGGACGCAUUUGCGUCUUAUGUUGCACACCUUUCGUACAGUGCAUCACCAGGAUAUUUCUGGGGUCGACCGCCUGUGAGAGGAGACACGUUUACUGUCUUGUUUAUAGAGCCGCAGAUGAUACGUCGAGUUGUGAUCAACACUGGAGAUGAUGCCCAUCCAGGUGACCAUCUCAACUAUGGACGACUAGAGAUCAGCCAGGCAGCAGCUGGUCAAGAACACAGCAAGAAAAGCGAUUCUGCUUGCGUUCAAUACCAGACUGUGAAGGAUUUUAAGAAUGGACGCGUAGACGCGAAGCUGGACGCAAGAAGACCAACUAAAUGUUGUAGAAUCUACGCGACAGGAACACAAGACACGUGGCUACUGGUGAAAGAGAUUGCAGUAUGGACGACGUCUGUUUGACGUCAUUUUAGGAUAUAAGAACACAUACAGAGAUGUUAUUUAUCCAUAUUACUCAAUGACAGCGUCAGACUUGAUUUUUGAGUAUUUUACGCAGACCAAAACGCUAGAACGGUGUGACUGUACAAUCAAAUUUGAAUGGUACACACUAGAGUACCGAUCCAACCAAUACUACGUCUAUUCAUGUCUAAAAACGAGUCCAACGUGCAUGUCUCUCUACUUCUAUGGCAAGAUAUGUCAAAAUGGCGGUUUGCAACAGCAGUGCGGAACAAGCUACAGUGCGAUAUUGGUAUGAAGACUAGUUGCAGACGCAUAGUGCUCUAGUUCUAGACACUUAAGAGGUUUCACACAGCUGUGACAGCACUUGUAAACGUUUGUAGAUACGGUAAUUCAGCAGUCAAGAGCGGCCUGAGGUUUAGUCAACGUGCUAGAGAUGCUAGUCCACAUGUAUGUAGUCCACAUUUAUGUAGUC